UACCAACAAAACACUGUCAGACUCAGACCCUCCAUGCAGUCAGCACAUGAACCACUGUAGGGGGGUUGUCAGAGAAGAACAUCAUCAACUACGAUAAAACAAUUGUGGAUUUACUCUAACGUCCACCGAGUGCAGCAUAUAAACGAAUAAAUAAAUAAUUGAAAGCCAGACACUUCUGUGAAAGCGAUGCUGUGUCUAGGUGACUCGGGAGAUUGCCUGCGGGAGCAGGUCCAGCACGUCAUGCGCUCACUGCAGGACCUGAAGCAGAUGAGCAGGCCGCUGAGCGACCCCUCCGGCCGCUCCUUCGCCACCGCCCACUUCUGCCACCGGCGGGCGGCGCAGCGAGAGCGCCUCACCCGCCUGCGCGUCUCCGAGGCGGCCAGCGAGGUCAGCGCCUACGACUCGGCCUGCUGCCUGGCCAGCCCCGUGGAGGAAGAGGAAGUGGAGCACGAGCAGGAGGGCUGUCGGCGUCUGUCGGUGCGAGGUUCCCCCGGCAGCGAGAAGAGCCUGGAGUUUGACUCGGGCUACUCGGAAGCGUCGUGGCAGGACGAGGGCGUGGUGCUGAGGAGGACCAGGAACGUGCGGGUGUCCUCGUCCGCCUGCCUGCGCACCAACCGGGGCCCCUGCGGGCGGAUCCGCCCCAAGUCCACCUCGGACGCGUGCCUGGAGCGCUGGACGUCGUUCGAGGCCAGCGACCCCGAGGACUGGACGGCGUCUCUGCUGAGUCGCAGCAGGAACCGACAGCCCCUGGUCCUGGGGGACAACAGCUUCGCGGACCUCAUCAAGAACUGGAUGGACCUGCCCGAGUGUCCUGAGCCAGCAGAACUGAAGCCCAACGCGGGCCGGCGCACGGCCAAGGAGCUGCUGGUCAACGUGCGCAGGAGGCUGGCGGGGAUGUCGAAGAGCGUGGAGGUCAGGGCCAGGCCGGCAGACUGCUCCAGGGUGAGCAGGGAGGCGGCGGUCCCCAAACGCAUGUCCUGCCCCGUGGGCUUCCAGCCACGCAAGCCCUUCUUCCACCAGUCCCACACGGGCCUGCACCAACCGGAAACGGACUUCUACCAGUUCACCGCCCUCAUGACGACCGGCAGUCGGCAGCCCAUCAUAUGCAAUGACGUCGUCGGGUAUAUCUGAGUGACGCGAUCGAUCGCCACGGACCUUUCACAGAUUCGAAUACCGUAUGACGUUGGAUAUUUUUAUUUUUAUAUGCUGUCCAUAUUUGUAUGUCGUUGAAACUGUUGCAAUAAAAAUGUUUUUAUUUAAUAUGAAAA